AUGGAGUCGACUGCGCAGGUGAAGCUGCUUUCAGCUGUCAAGAAUCUGCUCGACACUGGCGCGUUCUCCGACCUCACUGUAACCUGCGGUUCAGAUACAUACAAGGUCCACAAGAACAUUGUGUGUUCGCGUGUGGAUUUCUUCGCUCGUGCCAUAAAGUUCGGCGGCAAGGAAGCGAACGAGGGCACUGUCGAUCUGCCCGAUGAUGAACCUGCCAUCAUCAAACUGUUAUUCCAAUGGAUCUACGAGGGCGAGUAUGGGCCUAGCGAAGACAAGACACCGGCGUCUCCUGCAGUUCUGGAGUCAACCUGGCUCGUCUCGAUGCGUAAUUAUGCGGCUGCGCGACGCGAUAGGGAUUCUAUCCCACCUCAUAUGAGGAACGAACCAGAGAUCAGCGAAUCAAAGAUCCCCCACACCUGUCUAUUCGAAGGAUGCAUAGAAAAGGUCUGCCAGCACCAUACCUGCGGAACUGAUUGCGAAUACAAGUGCGCUGGCUUCAUUUACCGUACCUGCAAGCCCAUCACAGGAGAAGCCAGCAACAAAGCUAAGGCGCUUCUCAUCCACGCCAAGAUGUACGAACUUGCUAACAAGUAUAGUAUUGCGGACCUCAAAGAUCUCGUCAAGGAGAAGUUCCAGCUCGCUUGUCAGCUAUAG